ACUGUAGUUUGGUUAUUCAGUAAAGCGUGUGUGUGUGUGUAUGGGAGCGUACCAACAUAGAGUUUGAUUCAGUGUUGAUAACUUAGCUUUAUUCUAACUAUAUUUCGCGUUUAUUUAAUUUAAGUAGACGAAAGAUUUAUACAAUUAUAUUUAUUGUUGCUCUGAUAUAUUUUGUGUACACUUGAAAAAGAAAAAAUAUAAUCGCAACAAAAUAGAAAAGUGAUCCGGAACUUGUGACAGCUACAGACGAAGUAAUAAACAUGUUUGCAUCUUUAACCAUUUUUUAUGUUUUUUUAAUAUUUAUGUAUUGCUCCGUUCUGUAUUUAUCAAACUUCUGAAACAUUGAUGUAAAGAAUUUAAAAAACUUUUAAGAAUUUUAUAUUGCGUUAAGGCUUUUUCACGGGAAACGAUAUAUCGUUUAUCGUAUGUUUUAUCGUUUUGAAGCCAAAUCGUACAGGCCUUUUCUCAUCAAACAAUUAAUCUUUCAAUUUUAUGUCAAAUAAUUAUCAAUAAAUUGAAAUCAUUUGACAUUUUCCGUUUGAGCCGUUUGUGACUAUAUUUGUGGAAUCGUACCUCGAAACUUGCAAAACAAUAACAUUUUCAACGGAUUUUGCCUUUAGGCAGAAGUCCUUUUUUUCGUUUAUUUAAUUUGCUUUUAUUUUAUUUUUAAUAUACUAUAAAUAAACAAACAGUUUACUUAAGUGUACAGACCUAUAUCUGGUUUCUUAAAAACAUUAAUUAUUAGUACAUUUAUUAUAAGUAUUUUAAUAAUUCGCAAUGUAUUUAUGUGUAUUGUAUACUUGUGUUUUAAAUAAAGCUUCACUCCAUUACUUUUUAAUAGAACACAAAACAUUUUUAAUAAUAACAAAUGUCGUCUAUAUUUGUUUCGAAAAAGCGGAUUGGUACUCGUUCUAUAUAAAAAAAGUUUAUAUUUUGACGCGUUUUUUAUUCUGAAAAGUUUGCAUCACAUUUAAUGUGUACUCAUGAACUUGUUGGCAAACUAUGGAAGCAACAACUACACACACACAUAUCUCUUUCGUCUGAACAACUCCACUAACAAAAUAGAGUAACGAUCAUUUAUAACGGUAUAUUUUUGUUUGUCACAUAUUUUUGGUUCAGCGAAGUGAAGUAGAAAAUUGCUUAUUCAUUUCAUUGUGGUUUUCAAUCGGAGAACAUUUAAAAGUGAGUUUGUGAAUUAAAUAAAAAUAAAAGAAAUACAUACUUCAAACAAAAUAAAAAACAGUGGUAAAUAACACAAAAUAAAAUGAUUUGCUUUAUGUGUAAAAAAAAGUUUUGUGACAAAAAACAUUUCUUCAAACACCUUCGGGGUGAUCAUUUUCUGAAAUCUACUGAUUUAUACAAGUGUUGUGGUCAAAAUUAUGAAUAUAGGUCUUUUCAAAGACAUAUAGCAAAACGGCAUAACAGCAGUUUUUCUCCCCAAGAACAAAAAAAUCAAAUAAAAGAGACGCGGGUUUUAACAAGUGUGAAACAAAUUGAGGAAAUAGAAGCAGACAUUCCGGUUAUUCUUGACAAUCAAUGCGAACAAAAUAUUGACGUUUCUCCAACUCCUUCAAACUAUUUGCAGCCUGAAUCGGAAGAAAAGAAAUUUGAAAGGGUUAGCGAGAACGUUAUUAAAUUCCUAACAAGUAUGCAUUCAAACUAUAAUUUUUCAAGAAAAGAUGUUACUUUUAUUUAUGGUAAUGUCAUUGAUGCAGUCGUUAACCCGUUUUUGGAAGUAAUAAAUGCCUUUGCAAAAGACUUAGAUAAUAAUUUGUCCACAAAAUUAUCAAUAUUACUAUCAAAAUAUUCUGCAAUUUUAGAAAAGCUUAAAACGGAGUAUUUGCUUUCCGAAAAACUAAAAGAGAUUAAUCUUCUUCAAGAUCUAAAAGAAACGGUGAUUGAUCAAAGAGAAACACUAGCUCAUACUAAAGGUGAACAUAUUUCUAUUGAUAUUUUGAAAAUACUAACUGAGGAACAUGUUAAAGAGCUGACACAGAAUUGGAGAAUUGGAGACAAGGCCCAGUUCAUUCACCAUUUCACAAAGUGGAGACAUGAUAUUAACCAUCCAUUUUGGGCAGAAUGUUCAAGUCCUCUAGUUUUUCCCAAAAAAGCCGAUUCGUGUAACUCAUCUGAUACGGAAGAAGUCGAUAACGUCAAUAUGUUGGAGAUAUUGCAAAGUAAUAAAAAUGGGGAACGUGUGCUACAGUUUUACGAAAAAAACAAGUUUCUCACAGAUGAACUAAGAGUUUUCAUUAUAAACAUUGCUGCCUCUUCAAACAAGCUACAAACUCGAAACGCAAAUAUUGUCUCUAUUUCCGACUGA